AUGAAAAUAGAAUCCAAAAAAACCAAGUCAUGGUCGAAAUUAGCUAUUAGGAACUGGCUUAGUGCAAAGAAUAAUAGUUCUGAAAAAAUUUCUUUAGACUACACUAUUGAAGACUCUGCGACAGAAACAAGAAAAAGUUGCUCAGAACAAGAUAGUUACAUCCUCGUACCAGAUGAUUUCUCUGGGUGGUUGAAGCAUUCUCCAACUAACGUAAAACGUUCGGUCCUUGAAGAGAAAAAAGCUUGUGCCAUCACCAAUCCUCUAAACCUUAGGAUGUUUGUUGGGACGUGGAAUGUUGGGGGGAAGUCACCAAAUGAAGAUUUGGACUUAAGGAAUUGGCUUACGUCUACUUCGCCAGCUCACAUAUAUGUUAUUGGGUUUCAAGAAAUUGUACCUCUAAAUACUGGGAAUGUGCUGGGGUCAGAGGACAGUGGUCCAGCAAUAAAAUGGUUGGGCCUUAUUCAUGAAGCCCUAAACACAACCAACCAUGAAAGCCCAAAUGAGAAGCAAUGUUUUAGCCUAGUAGCAAGCAAGCAAAUGGUUGGUAUUUUCUUGUGUUUGUGGGUUCGCACCGAUUUUCGCAAUCAUGUUAGUAAUUUAAAAGUGUCUCGAGUUGGCACGGGUAUCAUGGGCUAUUUCGGAAAUAAGGGUUCAAUAUCAAUUAGCAUGAGAUUGUAUCAAACUACAUUCUGCUUUGUUUGUACUCAUUUGGCAUCUGGAGAAAAAUGUGGUGACGAGUUGCGAAGAAACUUGAACAUCUCGGAAAUCAUCAAGAGGACUAAAUUUUCUCACUCACUUGGCAUACUAGAACAUGAUAACAUUAUUUGGUUGGGAGAUUUGAAUUAUCGACUGGCCGCGGGUUACGACGACAUACACGAGCUACUAAAGAAGAAGAAUUUGAAGGCAUUACUAGAGAAAGAUCAGCUAAGAAUGGAGCAGAAAGCUGGAAGAAUAUUUGAAGGUUGGAAUGAAGGAACCAUAUAUUUUGCUCCUACAUACAAAUACUUAACAAAUUCAGAUCAAUACGUUGCACAAACAUGUAAAUCCAAGGAAAAACCACGCACUCCCGCUUGGUGUGACAGAAUUCUGUGGAAAGGAGAAGGAUUGAAUCAGAAAUUGUAUGUUAGAGGAGAGUCAAAAUUCUCUGAUCAUAGGCCAGUGUAUUCAUUAUUCACAGCACAAGUGAACAUGAACAUGAACAUGAACAUGACAAACAAGAAUCUUACUCGUUCUGCUUCUACUACUGUCUCAAGAUCAUGUUCCUUAAAACCAUUCACAAAUUCUUCUUCAUUGUCUUCUACUUGUUGUUGUGUUGCUGCUAAAGUACAAGCUGAAGAGCAGAUUAUGUUACUUGCAACUAGGGCACAGAGUUGUAUAGACUCUAUUACAAGAUUCUUGUAG